GCCAGCGGGAUCUUGGCAAGAGGGCACGCAGACAGACAGGCAGGCAGGCAGACGGCCGGGAGGGCGGGCGGGCGGCCCCGGCGAUUAUGUUCCCCAGCCUCAUCGCCCCGCCGGCCGUGUACCCCAGCCUGCUGCGGCCCACGCCCACCCUCACCUUGCCGCAGUCGCUGCAAUCCGCUUUCUCCGGCCACUCCGGAUUCCUGGUGGAGGACCUGAUCCGGAUCGGCCGGCCCUCCGCCUUUCCGCCGCGAAGCGCCCCGGCGCCCAGCAUGUCCCCCCCGGCCGCCCGCACGGACGCGGCCACGCCGGAGCUCGGCAGCCCGGCCGCCUCCAGGAGGGGCUGCCCGCCCCCGGCCUCCGCCUCCCCCGGCGGGGACUCCACUUUCCUCAAGUUUGGGGUCAACGCCAUCCUGGCCUCCGCCCCCCGCGCCGAGUCCUCGCCGGCGGUACUGCAGAGCGGCCCCCCCAAGGCGUUCUCCUUCCCGUACUUUGACGGAUCCUUCCAGCCUUUCAUCAGAUCCUCCUACUUCCCAGCCACCUCGGCCGUCGUGCCCAUCCCCGGCACCUUCUCGUGGCCCCUGGCCGCCCGCGGCAAGCCCCGCCGCGGCAUGCUGCGUCGCGCCGUCUUCUCCGACGUGCAGCGCAAGGCACUGGAGAAGAUGUUUCAGAAGCAGAAGUACAUCAGCAAGCCCGACAGGAAGAAGUUGGCGGCCAAGCUGGGCCUCAAGGACUCGCAGGUGAAGAUCUGGUUCCAGAACAGGAGAAUGAAGUGGAGGAACUCCAAGGAAAGAGAGCUCCUCUCUUCUGGUGGCUGCAGAGAACAAACCCUCCCCACCAAGUUCAACCCUCACCCGGACCUCAGCGACGUCGGCAAGAAGUGCGCAGGAGAGGAGGAGGAGGAAGAGGAAGCUCCCAUCGCGUGCCUGCCCAGCCCCCGGCACCCCUUAAGCUACCACCAGUCCCCAGAGCACCUGCACUUGCGGGACAGACUGGACUCCCAGAUGCCUCCUUCCCCAUCUCAUUCCAGCAGCCCCAGCAAACCUUCAGACUUCUCAGACUCAGAGGAAGAGGAUGAUGAGGAGGAAGAAGAAGAGGAGGAGAUCACGGUCUCUUAGGUCACCUGCCUGCCACUACCAUUGCACGGGGACAUUGCAAAGAUGUAAAUAACAGAGUGCUAUAAAUUGAAGAGGCCACAUCCCACCUGCAUGUCCACAUGCUUCUCCAGGGCAGGUUCUUUACCACUCAGACGUAAGCCUCCCUGCUCAGAGGUAUUCCUUAUUUUGUGUCCCACGUGAAGGCUUUCAUACUUGUAGCAUCAGUCAGCCUUCUCAUAACCCCUUCUCCACGCUUCCCAACCAGCACGUGCUCAGCUAGCUGUACUCCCCUGAAAGCAAGCACCAGGCAGCUCCUCCCCUUACAGCAGGGAAGAGAGCGCAUCCUACAGCGGGAAAUGCUUUUUCCAGACCAAACACCGUCAUCAACAACAACAAAAAUAAAAACACCGCGGCUGUUUUUACCACUGUUCAAGAGCAUUUCCAGCAGCUACUAAAACUUGGAAACCUGAAGACCGUCUGACCUUGCAGCUUGCUCCUCCAAAGGUCAGUAACGUGAAGGAGGUACAGCCCAGCGCCGCCUCCCCCCUCGCUCACCCCAAGCAGCACGGCACCUGCACAACAAGCCCCUGGACAUCACCACUGCUGAUGUAAGGUAUAAGGUAACAGCAUGCCUUGUGCAAUGGGGACCUCCGGUGUUUAUCUAUUUCCCCUUUUAAUUGUGCAUCGUUCUUCCCUACUGUAGGCACAUCACUUUUCUGCCCACAGGCCUGUGUUUGUUUUCCACUUUGCCUCUGCUGUUUGUGAUGUGGACAGAGGAAAGUGGAUGUGCCUCUUUGAUUUUGACUGAACUUCGCUGUCUUUGCACAGCUUAUAUGAACUGUACGCUAUUUUGUACACUUACUCUGUAUGGAUGUUUUAUACCAAGGUUAUUGUGAAUGAAUAUAACAACGGCUCAACAAGGUUUCCCUUUUUCUUUUUUUUAAAGAAACAACAGCUAAACUACACACAAAUGCAGCUGUUUAAUUGUGUAACUUAUAAAGAAACGCCUUUAUUUUGUAUUUUACUGU